AUUUGAUGGACAAGUCUUUGUAAACCAUGAACAAACAGGGAAAACAUUCCAUAAGAAUAAGAGGACCAAACUGAGAAGAGCACCAUUGAGUGUCACGCAAAAUACCCUUGACCAUUUCAACAAUUACAUCCCCCACCAUGACCACAUCGGCAACCACCUCCACAAUCACAACUCUGGCACUGGCCACUGCCCUGGCACUGGCACUGACCGCUUCCAUGGCCCUGACCAUGGCCCUGGCCACUUGCCUUGCCAUGGCCCUGGCCGCUUCCCUGGCCCUUGCCCUGACCGUUUCCCUGGCCCUUGCCCUGACCGUUUCCCUGGCCCUUGCCCUGACCGUUUCCCUUGUCCUGGCCAUUUCCCUGACUGUGGCCUUGACCGCUUCCCUGGCCGUGGCCCUGACCGCGGCCCUGGCCAGCUCCCUGGCCAUGACCGCUUCCCUGGACCUUGCCUUGACCACUUCCCUGACCCUGGCCGUAGCCCUGACCGUUUCCCUGGCUGUGGCCCUGACCGCUUCCCGGGACCUGGCCGUGGCCCUGACCGCUUCCCUGGACCUGGCCGUGGCCCUGACCGCUUCCUUGGCCCUUGCCCUGGCCGCUUCCCUGGCCUUGGCUGUGGCCCUGGCCGCUUCCCUUGCCCUGACCGCUUCCCUGGACCUGGCCGUGGCUGCUUCCCUGACCCUUGCCUUGACUGCUUCCCUUGUCCUGGCCAUUUCCCUGACUGUGGCCCUGACCGCUUCCCUGGACCUUGCCUUGACCGCUUCCCUGGACCUGGCCAUGGCCCUGACCGCUUCCCUGACUGUGGCCCUGACCGCUUCCCUGACUGUGGCCUCGACCGCUUCCCGGGACCUUGCCUUGACUGCUUCCCUGACCCUGGCCGUAGCCCUGACCGCUUCCCUGGACCUGGCCGUGGCCCUGACCGCUUCCUUGGCCCUUGCCCUGGCCGCUUCCCUUGCCCUGACCGCUUCCCUGACCCUGGCCGUGGCCCUGACCGCUUCCCUGACUGUGGCCUCGACCGCUUCCCGGGACCUUGCCUUGACUGCUUCCCUGACCCUGGCCGUAGCCCUGACCGCUUCCCUGGACCUGGCCGUGGCCCUGACCGCUUCCUUGACCCUUGCCGCUUCCCUGGCCUUGGCUGUGGCCCUGACCGCUUCCCUUGUCCUGACCGCUUCCCUUGCCCUGACCGCUUCCCUUGCCAUGGCCUUGACCGCUUCCCUGGCCCUGGCCGCGGCCCUGGCCGCUUCCCUGGCCCUGACCGCUUCCCUGACUGUGGCCUCGACCGCUUCCCGGGACCUUGCCUUGACUGCUUCCCUGACCCUGGCCGUAGCCCUGACCGCUUCCCUGGACCUGGCCGUGGCCCUGACCGCUUCCUUGACCCUUGCCGCUUCCCUGGCCUUGGCUGUGGCCCUGACCGCUUCCCUUGCCCUGACCGCUUCCCUGGCCAUGGCCCUGACCGCUUCCCUGGCCCUGUCCGCGGCCCUGGCCGCUUCCCUGGCCCUGGCCUUGACCGCUUCCCUUGCCAGUUCCCUGACUGUGGCCCUGGCCGCUUCCCUGGACGUGGCCCUGGCCCCUUCCCUGACCCUGGCCCUGGCCCCUUCCCUGACCCUGGCCGCUUCCCUGGCCCUGGCUGAGGCUGUGGCCCUGGCCGCUUCCCUGACCUUGGCCCCGACCGCUUCCCUGGACGUGGCCGUGGCCCUGGUCACUUCCCUGACCCUGGCCUUUGCCCUGGAGCUUGCCGCGUGGCUCACUGCAUGCAAAGCCUAUAGUGGUUGGGCAACACUUCUGUGUGACAGGACACUGGCUAUCAUGGAAACAGCUUUCAGCACGCAGUGGAAUCAUCUCCGGUAGGGGACAUUGGCCCGGCUUCA